AUGGUGCUUGGCCUGUUGAAGGAGAAGAAAUUGUAUGCCAAGUUUUCCAGGUGUGACUUCUGGCUCAGUUCCAUAGCAUUUUUGGGACAUAUUGUGUCCAAGGAUGGGAUUAUGGUUGAUCCCAAGAAGAUUGAGGCGAUUAGAGAUUGGGCCAGGCCUACUUCAGUGACUGAGAUUCAGAGCUUUGUAGGCCUUGCGAGUUAUUAUCACCGAUUUGUGAAGGAAUUUUCAUCUAUUGCUUCCCAUUUGACUAGGUUGAUUCAAAAGAAUGUGCCUUUCCAGUGGUCUGAUGAGUGUGAGGAGAGCUUUCAAAAGCUCAAGGCUUUAUUAACUUCAGCCCCCAUUUUGGGUUUACCUGUGGAGGGAAAGGACUUUACUGUUUAUUGUGAUACUUCUCGAAUUGGCUUGGGUUUUGUGCCGAUCCAAGAGGGUAGGGUGAUCAUGUAUGCUUCGAGACAGUUGAAGGUCUUCACAGAUCAUCGCAGCCUUCAGCAUGUGUUUAAUCAGAGAGAUCUGAACCCGAGGCAUCGUAGAUGGAUGGAGUUGCUCAAGUAUUUUUCAUUUUCUUUAUCCGCUACUUCCUCAAAUGAAACAGACCUACAAGCUCUACUAGCUUUACAAAAUUUUAUUACAAGUCCUAGUCAUUUUUUGGCCAAGAACUGGACCAAGAAUACUUCUUUUUGCUCUUGGUUUGGUGUCACUUGCAGUACAAAAAGGCAAAGAGUUGUGGCCUUGGCUCUUCCAAAUUUGCAACUUCAAGGCAUAAUUUCGCCGUCUUUGGCCAAUUUGUCCUUUCUUAGAGAGCUUAAUCUUGGGAACAAUAGUUUCCAUGGCGGCAUCCCUUAUGGCAUUGGCCACUUGCCUCGCUUGCGAGUGAUUGAUAUUCAGAACAAUCAGCUAGAAGGAAGUAUUCCGACAACUCUAUUUCAACACCAAAGAGUUCAAAAUAUUUCAUUGGCUUACAAUAAACUCAGUGGUGAAAUGUGGAAAGGGCCAUGGUAUGUACCGGAACUCAGAUUCUUAAAUCUCAAGAACAAUAGCCUCAUGGGUAUAAUUCCUCCUUCCGUUGGAAAUGCCACAAAAUUGCUGAAUUUUGAUUUGUCUAGGAACAGAGUCAGCGGCAGCGUUCCAAAGGCGAUCGGUAAUCUGAGCCAACUUACUAAGUUGUACUUGUACAAUAAUCAAUUUAUAGGUUCUAUUCCUGCAGCACUGUUUAAUAUCUCGUCGCUUCUUGUCGCAUCUCUUACAAACAAUAGCCUUUCUGGUCCUCUCUUACUUGAUGAAGGGAAUAUUGUGUCAAAUCUAGAGUUCUUAGGUAUAUCUUGGAAUCAAAUUUCUGGUCAAAUUCCUUCCAACAUAUGCCAACUCACAAAGCUCAAUGUUUUGUCCAUAUCUUUCAACAAUAUAACUGGAGAAAUACACAAAAAUAUUGGUUGUUUAUCCAAGCUCGAAGAGCUCUAUAUUGGUGAUAAUCUAAUAAAAGGAACUAUUCCCACUUCAUUGGGAAAUAUUUCCACUCUGCGAUAUCUUUAUGGUGAAAGAAAUCGCUUGGAGGGGCCAAUUCCUCCAGAAUUAGGGAAGCUAUCAAAUUUGACGAAAAUUAUUUUUGAGUACAAUAAACUUAAUGGUCAAAUUCCAAAGACUAUUUUCAAUAUUUCUUCUUUGGAAAUUAUUGGUUUAAGUUUCAACAACCUUUCCGGGAGAAUUCCACCCACUACAGGUCUUCAUGUUCCUAACCUUUGGGAACUUCUUUUGGGAGAAAAUCAGAUCAAAGGGGAAAUUCCAUUGUUCAUAACAAAUGCUUCCAAGCUUGAGUUACUGGAUCUAGCAGGGAACUUUCUCACAGGAACUAUUCCUACUAAUUUGGGAAAUCUUCGUAAGCUGCGUGGACUGUUGCUACAUACCAAUCAACUUACAAUUGAACCAAGAGAGCAUGAGUUGUCAUUCUUGAAUUCUUUGGCGAACUGUAGGAUGCUGAAAUAUCUACAAGUGGGUUUAAAUCCGUUGAAUGGUGUUUUGCCCAAUUCAAUUGGGAAUCUUUCAUCUACUAUUGAAUUCUUUGAAAUAACAUAUGCACACAUCAAUGGCCUCAUUCCCACAAGUAUAGGCAAUAUGAGUAGUCUAAUGAGCCUAGCCUUUCAAGAAAACAAUUUGACAGGGAGUAUUCCUUCUGAGAUUGGUAAGCUUAAACAACUCCAAGGGUUAUAUCUAUAUAACAACAAAUUGCAGGGACAUAUUCCAGAGGUGGUAUGCCAUUUAUCUAAUUUGGUUAAAUUAACUCUAGGUCAUAAUGAACUCUUUGGGUUAAUUCCAACAUGUAUAAGAAAUCUUAGCAUGCUACAACUGCUUCAUUUGGGUUCUAAUAAAUUUUCAUCAAAAUUUCCCUUGAGCCUUUGGAAAAUGAUAGGUCUUCUCUUUCUAAACGUGUCACGAAAUUCUAUAGAGGGAGAAGUUCCAUCAGAUAUUGGAGAACUGAAAUUCAUAGUAGAUUUAGAUCUUUCCGCUAAUCACUUUUCAGGAAUGAUACCAAGUAAUUUGGGGCACCUCCAAAACCUGAAGUCUCUUAUGCUAUCCAACAAUUCAUUUUCAGGCCCAAUACCAUUAUCCUUUUCCAACUUGAUAAGCUUGGAAUUCAUGGAUUUGUCUUUAAAUGACUUGUCAGGUACUAUUCCUAAGUCAUUGGAAAAGCUCUCAUACCUUAAAAGCAUCAAUGUCUCAUUUAAUAUUUUAGAAGGUGAAAUACCCAGUAGUGGUGUGUUUGCAAAUUCCACUCUGGAAUCAUUUCUUGGGAACAAAAAUCUAUGUGGAAUGCACAUACUGGAGCUUCCUGCUUGUUCUAUCACUAAUCCUGGACAACAAUCAAAGUUUAAGGAGCUUCUGCUAAAAAUUGUUACUCCAGUGGUUAUUUCAUCCUUUCUACUACUCUUGUUGGUCUCAAUUUGGAUAAUGAAACGAAAGAAGAAAGGAAAGUCCAAAGAUGUUGAAAAGGUUCCGGAGAUCAAGACUUAUCAAUUGAUUUCUUAUCAUGAGAUUCAACGAGCAACAACUAAUUUUGAUCGAUCAAAUUUAAUUGGUGUGGGAAGCUCUGGCUCUGUGUACAAAGGAACAUUAUCUAGUGGAACUGUGGUGGCUAUAAAGGUUCUGGAUUUGCAAAGUGAGCAAGUAUGCAAGAGGUUUGAUACUGAAUGUGAAGUGAUGAGAAAUGUUAGGCACAUAAAUCUUGUCCCUGUGAUUACUACUUGUUCUAGUGACUAUAUAAGAGCCUUUGUUCUGCAAUAUAUGGCCAACGGAAGUCUUGAGAAUUGGUUGUACAAAGAAGAGUCCUACUUGAACCUCCUUCAAAGAGUCACCAUAAUGCUUGAUGUGGCUGUGGCAAUUGAAUAUCUACAUCAUGGUCAUGUCACUCCAAUAGUUCAUUGCGACCUAAAGCCAGCCAACGUUCUUUUGGAUGAAGAUAUGGUGGCUCAUGUGGGUGAUUUUGGAAUCUCUAAAAUUUUGGCUGUAAGCAAGUCCAUGGCACAUACCGAGACAUUGGGCACUCUUGGUUACAUUGCACCAGAAUAUGGCUCGGAGGGAAUAGUGUCGACUCCUGGUGAUGUUUAUAGUUACGGCAUCAUGUUGAUGGAGGUUUUGGCCAAAAGAAGGCCAACAGAUGAAGAGAUAUGCAAUGAAAAUUUUGACUUGAGGAAAUGGAUAACACAAGCAUUUCCAAGAACUAUGAUGGAAGUUGUGGAUGCUAAUAUUUUUCACGAGGAAGAAAAAAUCACUUCCAAAAGUGAAUUUUGCAUAGCCUCCAUGAUAGAAUUGGCUUUGGAUUGCACAAAUGAAAAGCCCGAAUCAAGGAUAACCAUGAAAGAUGUAGUCAAGAGGUUUAGCAAAAUUAAGAAAAUAUUUUUGGAAAUGUAG